AUGUCUGGAAGCCCUAAACCACCGAAUCAGACUCAUUCUGGGGAGGAUCAUGUAGGAGUUGAAUUUGCCGCUGGUGUAGCCGCCGGCGUGGAUUCCCCACGCCAAGGCAGGCAUGCGCGACAGAAUAGUUGUCCCUCGUUGUACGAGUUAACGGACGAUGAAAUGAUGAACGACCCCCCCGUGGCACCCAGAGAAGCCAGGAGGCCGUACAAGUAUGUUUAA